UUUGUCCCACACGUCCAUGAACUACCUAGCAAGGAAUUUGGCCAAAGCAAAAAGUGGCGUGGCAGGGGCACACUACUGGUGCAGUGUUAAUCGACAUUUUGAGUCAGUCCGCCAAGUUUCACGUGAUUUCAAGAUCGACAUUUUGAGUCAACCCGCCAAGUUUCAUGUGAUUUCAAGGUUUAAGCCUUUUGAAUUUCGGGUGAUCCAAAAGACAGAAAUCUAAAAUAAGGGUUGAUCUAAAAUUUUGAACUAUUGCUUCUAACCUCGUAUCAUUGAUCAACAAAGAGAAUUCUAAGUUCUACCACAAUCACUCAUUUCUCUAUGUGCUAAAAUGAUGACAGAGAGAGAUGAACAUUGUAGAAGCAGAGGCAGGGAUUUAGGUAUUGAAGCUUAGUUAGUUCUUCCCGAUUGCCAUUGCUUCAAGGUUAAAAUUCAAGAAUCUCCAUCACACACAUGGCAGAAGCAGCAACAAAGAGAUAUGUGGUUGUUACGGGAGCAAAUAAGGGGAUUGGGUUGGAGAUAUGUAGGCAGUUGGCCUCUAAAGAGGUUGUGGUGGUGUUAACUGCAAGAGAUGAAAAGAGAGGCCUUGAAGCUCUUCAUAAACUGAAAGAGUCUUCUGGUAUUUCUGACCAUGUGGUUUUUCAUCAGCUUGAUGUAGCAGACCAUGCUAGUGUGUCUGCUCUGGCUGAUUUCAUCAAAACCCAAUUUGGGAAGCUUGAUAUUUUGUUGAAAUUGAUAUCUGAUUCACCAAGGAUUGUCAAUGUCUCUUCAAUUAUUGGAAAGUUGGAGUAUGUAUCAAAUGACUGGGCUAAAGGAGUGCUAAGUGAUGCUGAUAAUCUAACAGAAGAAAGAAUUGAUGAGGUGUUGCAACAAUAUCUGAAGGAUUAUUAAGAGGGUUCAGUUGAAUCAAAAGGCUGGACGAGUUUUUUGCCUGCCUAUAUACUCUCAAAAGCAGCCUUGAUUGCAUACACACGGAUUCUGGCCAAGAAUCAAUAAUGUCUGCCCUGGAUAUGUGAAGACAGACAUAAACUACAACACUGGUGUCUUAUCUGCUGAAGAAGGAGCAGAAAGUCUUGUUAGGUUGGCUUUGUUACCAAAUGAUGGUCCCUCUGGCCUCUUCCCUGAUCGGAAAGAAGGGUCGGGUUUUUAAGCAAAUGGGAUUAGGGUCUCAAGUCUCAUGUUAAAUGUCAAGAUUAUGACUGAUUACUUAAGCAGUGCAUAUGGUCUAUAAAUUUCCAUUCUGUAAAGGGUUCAACUGGACAUGUAGUCGAUUCCUAUUGCUUGAGAAGUUGUAUCUGCAGUUAUCAUUUGUAUUUUGAAGGAGGAAGCUUGAUCCGGUUGCAUCUUAAUCUAAUUAUGAACAGUUUGGUGCU